AUGCUGCCCUCACGAUUGUUCAAGAACACUGGUGUACCACACCGCUUGCGCAGCUUGCUUACUCUCUCGCCGAACCUCCCGCCAAAUGUUGCUGUCCAACUUCGCUUCAGGCUAGGCGUCAUCCGGCCGAACUCUUCGCUCGCUUCCCCACCACCCCCACCCCCAUCUUCUACAUCUACAUCUGCACCAGAAGUCGGAGCACCAUCAACCUCUGCGGGAGAUGCUGGUGCAACUACGACGACGAACAAGAUUCGGCUCGAGCAGCCCGAGCCGAGGUUGUCGCUGACGUUCACAUGCACUGUAACGGACUGUGGGCAUCGGUCCACGCAUGAAUUCUCGAAGAGGUCAUAUACGAGUGGGAUCGUGCUGGUUGAGUGCCCAGGAUGCAAGAACAGACAUCUUAUCGCGGACCACCUCGGCUGGUUUAAGGAGAGCACGAAGGAUGGAAAGAUGAGGACCGUUGAGGACAUAGUCAGGGACAAGGGCGAGACCGUACGCCGCGGGAUUAUGGGUGCCAACGGCGACAUCGAGUACGCGCCGGACCCUUGA